AUGGCGUUUUUUUCCUGCUGCAAUUGUGACCCAGAGGCAGAGGAGGAAACACAGGUCAAUUUGGAGACCGAUCGGCCCAGUAGCGAGGCCAGCAAUGACGGACAGCCUCUGACACCGGAACAGAAGCAAAGAGAGAAGGAGCGACUUCAAGCACUAGUGAAGGCGUUUGCGAAGGCCGCCGUGGCGGGAGCAAGCUGCUACUUCAUCGACGUAUCAUCUCAGCAAAAGAUCCCCGCGACGUACAUACUCGAUAAAUCGCUGAAAAUGUUGACGGUGGCCUUCUCAAGUGGCGUAGAACAUUCCUUUAAUCUCUCCUCACUGCAAGAUGUCUACUCUUACGAAGACUUACUCCAUUCUGAGAGCACGGCGAGCCUUGCACAGGAGCCAGGAAUCGCUAAUCUUUCUGACAGCGACAAGCGAAAGUUAAUCAUGCUUGAGUACUUGGAUGCUUCACAUCGAAGACUAAAUCGUUUGUUUCUCAUGGAAACGGGAGAUGAUGAGAUGAGGGACCGGUUUCUCACUUGCAUGCGAAUUCUCAAGCUGUACUCUCUUACUCCAGCUCAGAAUGCAACUGGUAGCACAGCUGACCAAGCGAAUUGUUCAAGGGAAUAG